AUGAAAGCGUUAAAUCAGAUGUUAACCCGCUGCGUCCUAGCGCGUGAUAUAGGAACAUUGUUGGCUCACACCGAUCUCAAAGAGUCUGUGAGUUUAAUGAGAUCGACUCGACAGAUAAGAGCGUUCUCACCUCCCCGCGGCCUGUUAAAGGGUUCGCCGAAUAAUUGCAAUAAUCAAUACGAAGGAGCUAUCGAACAAUUUGUAUGGUAUUUGUGCGGGCUGUCUCCCGCUGAUAGCAUCGCGUAUGGGUGA